AGCGGCGGGGCCGCCAUGGCGGAGGUGGCGGCGGCCGAGGAGCUCGCCAAGCUCGAGUACCUCUCUCUGGUCUCCAAGGUCUGCACCGAGCUCGACAACCACCUGGGCAUCAACGACAAGGACCUGGCCGAGUUUGUGAUAAGCCUCGCCGAGAAAAAUACUACGUUUGACACGUUUAAGGCAAUUCUGCUAAAGAAUGGUGCUGAGUUCACUGAUUCUCUCAUCAGUAACUUGCUGCGUCUCAUACAGACCAUGCGGCCUCCACCAAAACCAUCUACAAGCAAAGAGGCGAUCGUCAAACCCAAAUCAGAGAAAGAAAAGCUGAGGGAAUUGUAUCCAGCUCUUUGCAGGCCAGACAAUCCCAACAUCAGGACUAUGCUGGAUGAAGAUGAUGUGAAAGUGGCUGCUGAUGCCCUGAAAGAGCUCGAAGCUCUGAUGCCCACUGCAGACAGGCAGGGCAAGCAAAGGGACAGCGACCGCCGGGUGAAGAAAAGGAAGAGGAGCCGAAGUCGUAGCAGGGACAGGAAGCGAAGGCACAGAUCUCGCUCCAGGUCUCGUUCCAGAACGUGGGAUAAGAAAGGGGGAAGAUCCAGGUACCGGUCACGGAGCAGAAGUCGCAGUCCCAGCAGGGACCGGAAGGAUCGAGACAAGUACAUGGAGAAGAGCCACGAGAAAUGGAGAGACAAGCACAUCGACCGUCCCCCACCUGAGGAGCCUUCCAUCGGAGACAUUUACAAUGGCAAAGUCACAAGCAUAAUGCAGUUUGGAUGCUUCGUGCAGCUGGAAGGACUAAGGAAGCGUUGGGAGGGCUUGGUCCACAUCUCAGAGCUGCGAAGAGAAGGACGGGUUGCCAACGUUGCUGAUGUCGUGAGCAAAGGACAGAGAGUGAAAGUCAAGGUGUUAUCCUUUACUGGAUCCAAAACCAGCCUGAGCAUGAAGGAUGUCGACCAAGACACUGGGGAGGACUUGAAUCCCAACCGGAGAAGAAACCUGGUUGGAGAGACCAACGAGGAGACCUCCAUGAGGAACCCAGACAGACCCAGCCACCUGUCCCUGGUGAACGCCCCGGAGGUGGAGGACGACAGCCUGGAGCGGAAACGCCUCACCCGCAUCUCAGACCCCGAGAAGUGGGAAAUCAAACAGAUGAUUGCAGCGAAUGUGCUUUCCAAGGAAGAGUUUCCUGAUUUUGAUGAGGAGACCGGGAUUCUUCCUAAAGUUGAUGACGAAGAAGAUGAGGACCUUGAGAUUGAGUUAGUUGAAGAAGAGCCACCGUUCCUUCGAGGUCACACUAAACAGAGCAUGGAUAUGAGUCCCAUUAAAAUAGUAAAGAAUCCAGAUGGCUCCUUAUCCCAGGCUGCAAUGAUGCAGAGUGCUUUGGCUAAAGAGAGGCGAGAACUUAAGCAAGCCCAGAGGGAAGCAGAGAUGGAUUCCAUCCCCAUGGGCCUCAACACGCACUGGGUGGAUCCUCUCCCUGAUGUGGAUGGAAGACAAAUAGCUGCAAACAUGCGAGGUAUUGGGAUGAUGCCAAAUGAUAUCCCAGAGUGGAAGAAACAUGCAUUUGGUGGCAACAAAGCUUCUUAUGGUAAGAAGACUCAGCUUUCCAUCAUUGAACAGAGGGAGAGUCUCCCAAUCUUCAGACUGAAGGAGCAGCUGAUACAAGCUGUGCACGACAACCAGAUUCUGAUUGUUAUUGGAGAGACAGGAUCUGGGAAAACAACACAGAUUACCCAGUACCUGGCUGAGGCAGGGUAUACCUCAAGAGGGAAGAUUGGAUGCACUCAGCCUCGCAGAGUGGCUGCAAUGUCUGUUGCCAAGAGGGUGUCAGAGGAAUUUGGUUGCUGCCUGGGACAAGAGGUUGGCUACACCAUUCGGUUUGAAGAUUGCACCAGCCCUGAGACUGUCAUCAAAUACAUGACAGAUGGAAUGUUACUGAGGGAGUGCUUGAUAGAUCCGGAUCUGACCCAGUAUGCCAUUAUCAUGUUGGAUGAAGCCCAUGAAAGGACCAUCCAUACAGAUGUGCUCUUUGGACUCCUGAAGAAGACAGUGCAGAAGAGACAGGAUAUGAAGUUGAUAGUGACGUCAGCAACACUGGAUGCUGUGAAAUUCUCCCAGUAUUUCUAUGAAGCCCCAAUCUUCACAAUUCCUGGCAGAACAUAUCCAGUAGAAAUUCUGUACACAAAAGAGCCAGAGACAGAUUAUUUGGAUGCCAGUCUGAUUACAGUAAUGCAGAUCCACUUAACAGAGCCACCAGGUGACAUCUUGGUGUUUCUGACUGGUCAGGAAGAGAUUGACACUGCCUGUGAAAUCCUCUAUGAAAGGAUGAAAUCUCUAGGACCUGAUGUUCCAGAGUUAAUUAUCCUCCCAGUAUAUUCAGCUUUACCCAGUGAAAUGCAAACCAGGAUCUUUGACCCCGCCCCACCAGGAAGCAGAAAGGUUGUCAUUGCCACCAACAUUGCGGAGACGUCCUUGACCAUUGAUGGAAUAUAUUACGUCGUCGAUCCUGGCUUUGUGAAGCAGAAAGUUUACAACUCCAAGACUGGAAUUGACCAGCUAGUGGUGACACCCAUUUCACAGGCUCAAGCAAAGCAGCGAGCAGGGAGGGCUGGGAGAACGGGCCCAGGAAAAUGCUACAGGUUAUACACGGAGCGUGCAUAUCGAGAUGAAAUGCUAACCACCAACGUGCCUGAAAUCCAGAGAACAAAUUUGGCCAGUACAGUACUUUCCCUGAAGGCCAUGGGCAUCAACGAUUUGCUGUCCUUUGACUUCAUGGAUGCUCCCCCCAUGGAAACUCUCAUAACUGCCAUGGAGCAGCUCUACACCCUGGGAGCUCUGGAUGACGAGGGGCUGCUCACUCGACUUGGGCGCAGGAUGGCAGAAUUCCCCUUGGAGCCCAUGCUGUGUAAGAUGUUGAUCAUGUCCGUCCACCUGGGAUGCAGCGAGGAAAUGCUGACCAUCGUCUCCAUGCUGUCUGUGCAGAACGUGUUUUACAGGCCAAAGGACAAACAAGCACUCGCUGAUCAAAAGAAAGCCAAGUUCCAUCAGACAGAAGGUGACCACCUCACCCUGCUGGCCGUGUACAAUUCGUGGAAGAAUAAUAAGUUUUCAAACCCCUGGUGCUACGAAAACUUCAUCCAGGCCCGAUCCUUACGCAGGGCGCAGGACAUUCGCAAGCAGAUGCUGGGCAUUAUGGACAGGCACAAGCUGGAUGUGGUAUCCUGUGGGAAGGCAACGGUUCGGGUCCAGAAGGCCAUCUGUAGCGGCUUCUUCCGGAACGCAGCAAAGAAGGAUCCCCAGGAAGGUUAUCGGACACUCAUUGACCAGCAGGUCGUCUACAUCCACCCGUCCAGUGCUCUCUUCAACAGGCAGCCAGAAUGGGUGGUGUAUCACGAGCUGGUGCUGACCACCAAGGAGUACAUGCGGGAGGUGACGACUAUCGAUCCUCGCUGGCUGGUGGAAUUUGCCCCAGCUUUCUUCAAGGUUUCUGACCCCACCAAGCUGAGCAAGCAGAAGAAGCAGCAGCGCCUGGAGCCGUUGUACAACCGCUACGAGGAGCCCAACGCCUGGAGGAUAUCCCGCGCCUUCAGGCGCCGAUGAGUUCCCUCCUGGACUCUGGCUGGUUGUUUUUUGUGGGACUUGUGACUCUGUCAUCAUUGCCAGCGUCCUGGCAGGAGGACAGGACGUUCCCCUGAAGCUCACCUGUGCCACGAACAGGUAAUGAGCCCUGGCAGAGCAGGGAGUGCCCCAGCUGUGGCACACAUUGUGCUGCAGCUCCACAGGACGUGUCAGGCCUCUCAGAAGGGGGUCUUGGAGCACUUCACUGGUUAUUUGCCACUUUACAGACAAAACCUAAGACUUGGAAGUCUGGGCACUCAGCUGAACAACAGCAAAAAGAUAGUGAUUAAAAAACUGGCUGUUCACCAACCCGUUUUCUGAGUCACCAGACACCUAGAGGCUGGAAUAGUUUGUUUCUUUACUCUGCUAAAAAGAGAUUUAUUUCUAUUUACACUCUUGGACAGUGGCUGCUUUUUGGGAGCUACUUGUUUUCCAUUUUUUCCUAUUAUAUGCAUUUUCAUUGUAACUAUUUUUCUUUUAAUCAGCCUGUCGGACACUUAGGAUCUGUGGCUUUGGGAUAAGGCAGGAAAAACCUCUAGAAACGCAGCUAGAACGUCAGUUAUGUUUGGACAAUGGCAUAAUUUGGAUUGCAAGGCUUAUCCUUCAUCCCUAUCUCCUGGGUGCUGAAGGCUGGUAUGUCAGGGAGUAAUUAGCACAAUCACCUCUGCAGCAUGGCUCUGUCUGAGAAGUGGUUACAGAUGUUUAGAACUUCCUAUACCAUGUGCCAUGUGUUUUAUCUUAACUUAGAAUGUUGACAUCACAACUGUCGGUUUUUUCAAUAGAAUGUGCUCUUACAGGUAAAAUGUCUGUAAGGAGUUGCAUAAGUUUCCUGUUUAAAAAGAAUUUGACUGCCCAGCGUGUGCUAAGUCAUGCCAAAACUACCUGUAAAUUAUUUUUGCUUUGCUAACAGAUGAAACUUAUUUGACUCCAUAGCUCCAGAAACUCUUUAAUUUUUUUCCCAAAGCUGGGACAUUUGCUAAAAUUAUCGCUGAAUCGAGGAGUAUGAGGUUGGCUGGUUGUUUUUUACAAAGUAAGUUGGAAGAAUGUUUCACAUUGAAAA